CCGAAAGUGAUCCAGAACCGAUUCUAUGCCGAUACAGGAUAUGAUGUGGAUAUCCGUGAUUUCUGCAGUACCCACGACGUGAAGUACCAGAGCUUCUGGUCCCUUACUGCCAAUCCACACUUGGUUAAUAACCCGUUGAUUACCACUCUGGCUCAACACAGGAACAAUACCAACGAACAG